AUGCGUAUAAAGUUGGAUGUUGAGUUGCAGGAGCUGGAUAUUCGCAACAUUGUCCAUAUCCAGCAGGUGCUAAAGUCUUUCCCAGAAGAGGUGGAGACGCAUCUUGCGACCGACAAGGAGGCCCUGGCACGUCAGGUCCACAAUGCGUUAGUGAAACGCAAUUUCGAACCUAUUAUUCCUGAGCUUGCGGAGCGACUGUGUCAAUCUGCCCUCUACGAUGACUGUUUAGAUGUCUUGUGUGAAGCUAUUUUUAGCUCGCAGCGAGUGGAGCGGGGAGACCCACUGGAUGGUUUCAUCGCACUCUUGUCGCAGCUUCCUGAAAACCAACAAACCAAAGUUAAGACCGAUGUUGUGCAACGUGCAAUGGAUUUCCUGUCAGCACCUCGACGUCUUGACUGCGGAAGGAUGGCGUUGCUACCUUAUGCUGAGGUCAUCGCUACUCUUACCAAAGCGGAGAUGCUGAAUGUCCGCAGUGUAGUGGUUGCACUGAUGCAGAUGAUUCGCCUAGACAUUACCCGGAGUGCCGGCAUCACGUGCCUGGGAAAAAUGGUGGAGGUCGCGCACGAGCUUCUCUUAGAGCGUCUAGAUCAGCAUACCCUGGAAACUCUGCGUUCUACGGUAGCAUUUGCCCAGCAGGACGACACCUUCUUGUACGAUGUUGAGUAUAUCAUGGAACCGUUUGGAUGGAGUCAGUCACAAAAAUUUAUUAAUUUUGCUGUGCGGCGUUCAGGAACUCAUCAUACCUCUGCUAUUUUGACAUUGGCGUAUGGGGGCAGCAGUGGCUCCCGAGAGGCGGUAGUCACGUCGUCAGUAGAUGGAACAAUUGGCACAUGGGAUCAUUCUGGUGUCCUUGCCGAGAACCUGGUGCUCUCACGCCAUUACGCCUCUUCGAUGGACUUCGCAAACCGUGGGCGCACUCUUAUUGUAGGCACGGUGGGACGGUACACGACCGUUGCGCCAGCCAUUGUUAUUUAUACAGCAGACGCAACGUACAACGAAGAGUCCAAUUGGCACGAAAGUUGUGGAGCCGAACCACGCGGAGCUCGCUUUAUUACCACGGUUCGAAGCCUGAGAAAUGCCGGGACACUGCGAUACUGUUGCGGUGCAACGACUUCCGCGACGAGUAGAAUGAUACUGUACGAUAGUACCCAGGUGAUCCAGGAGUACAAUGAUCACAACGACAUUAUCACGGCAAUGCAUGUUAUUUCAGACAGAGACAACAUGGUUGUAACUGGAUCGCGAGACUGCUCGGUGAUGGUGUAUGACCUUCGAAUGGUGCAAAACACCACAACGACUUCUGCGCAUCGUCAUUAUAGCACUGUCACGUCCAUUGGGAGUUGUGGCGACUACCUUUUUACCAGCAGUCUUGACCGGCGUAUUGUGGCACACGAUUUGCGCAUGAUGGGGCAAGGCAUGGCUACAAGGGAGCUUGAUAGUGCUGUAUUGAGUAUUUCUGUAAAUCCCAACAUGGUGUGUGCUGCUUCGACAAUGACGGGCAUCCACCUCAUCAAUUUUUCGAACAACACGAUGCCAACUUGCAGAGCAGAUGGGGGAAAAAUGAGUCCGCGGUACAAUGCUAUCGCUUGGAAUGCCCAAGGUGAUGUUCUGUACGCAGGUGGAGAUAGCCACACACUGGACCUGUUCACUCGGAGUUACCCUGACGCUGAGGCCUAUGCGAGUUGA